UUAGGCAAGGAUGAGGGUGAAUCAUGUAAAUUUCACCGUACUGCAGUGCAUGCAAAAGACACAUCUGCUGAAACUUCCACUUUGGUUGGCAAAGAUUUUAUAAUCAGUAACCCCUUGUCAUUGGUGACCAACAGUCCUCAUGAAGAACAUAUCAGUUAUGGUCUUUUUGGAGCACUGGCCUACUCACCUUCGUCCCCUGGUUCUCUUGACUUUGACUUCCCAAGGAGGCCAUACGCUCCUUCAGAUGAUGUCUAUUCUUUGUACUUGGAUUGCUCUCCGAGAAGACAAGUUCCUGUCGGUCCAAAUCAUCAAGCCAGCAUUCCAAUUUGGAGAGGAAACAUAAAUGAGAAAAAGGUAGAUCGGACAAUGUUUGAAUCUGAAGCUUCCUUCUCACGUGCAUUGUUGCCAGAUCUUGUUGAUAAUUACAAUGAGGAAAGGCUGAUGGGAACAUUUGUCACACCGAUGCCUGACUCAAAUUUACCCUCCGAAGAAGAUUGUGAGGUUGGAACUGGCAGAACGGAAUGUGACUGCCUAGAUGCAGGUUCAGUUAGGUGUGUGCGACAGCAUGUCAUGGAAAAAAGGGAAUCUUUGAGAAAGUCCCUUGGAGAUGAAAAAUUUGUAAAUUUGGGAUUUUGUGAGAUGGGAGAGGUGUCAUGUAGAUGGAGCGAAGAAGAGGAGCACACUUUUCAUGAAGCUGUAUACUCCAACCCUGCAUCACUGGGCAGGAACUUCUGGAAGCACUUGUCUGCACUGUUCCCCACUCGAACUAGAAGGGAAAUUGUCAGCUACUAUUUCAAUGUGUUCAUGCUUCGCAAACGAGCUUCCCAGAACAGAUCUAAGUUGCUAGAAAUUGAUAGUGACGAUGAUGAGUGGCAUGAAAACAAUGGAGGUGGUGGCCGUGAAGCUCGAGAUUUAGAAGGUGAUGAAGACUCUGCAAUUGAGUCUCUUGUUGAUCAAGAUGACCAGCAGCCUCAUGAGGAUCUCUCUGAAGAAGAAAGUGAAGAUGAUGAAAGCAGUGAUGGUGGCGAUGAUUAUGAUGGUAACGUUGGACAUGGUACUGGAGACGUGGCUUUAGAAAAUGGUACAGUAGAUCAUAUAUCAAAACAAUUCACUCCAGAGUUUGUUGAUGGGUGUAAAUUUCACCCUGUAGAUAAGAUUUCAGAUAGUUUCCAGGACGAUUGUGUUUUCCAGGAUGACUCGUGCAUGUCUUUCGAGUGUCCGACCAACAUGUCUGACUCAUGUGGUCCAGUCGAUGGUGAAGCUGCUCUUAGAGGGAGUGAAACUAAGAGUGAGAAUAGCAGAUGCCGCCAUAGCGAAUCAGAUGCAUCUCCUGGCGUGGUCGAAGAUCAUCUGUAUUUACCGGAGACCUUGGAUGCUAAAGUUUGGGAUACGAGGUAUUCUACACGCCCGGUUAAAAGUUUUGAUCUUCUACCGUGGAAUAUGAUUGAAGACAUCUUUGGGGAAGGCAAGGAUGAUCCGAAGACAAGGGAUGGCCAGGACUAAGAGCAUUAGCCAAUAGUUUUCCAGACAAGUUCAGUGCAGCUUUCUGAGAUCAAACUCGUGAAGGUUGUCUGGACAGUAAACAGUCAAAGACUAGAUAUAAUACGCUAGGGAACAUCUCAAGCGUUGGAGAUUUUUUUUAAUUUUUUUUUUAAUUUUUGGUUCUCCUUUUUACAAUGUACCCCCUUUUUUUUUUUUUUUUUUUGGAACUCAAAAUUCCUUGUGGUAAAUAUUCUCUUCACGAUAAUAAGAUGCAUUUUUUUCUCUU